AUGUCGGUACUUUGUGUACCACAUAAUUUUGCUGUGAUUCGUCUGGAUGAAGGGAAUGAAGUAAAGAUUGUAAAAAGACGUCAAUUGAGGUUGAAAGCCUUUGCAAAUGGUGCUUCGUGCAAGCUGAUCGUCCAUGAUGGUGUCCCAAGGAGUGCGAAGAUUAUUAGGACGUUCACGACGAGCAACGAUGCCAGAACUUACUUGGAUAACAUCAAUACCGCAAAACAGGUAGGAAACCGUCUUUUCUUCGAGUUUUCUUCAAGUUUAGGUAUGUAAAAUGCUCUAUUUUGCCGUUACAGAGUUGGGGCUUUACGACGAAGGCUGUGCCAAGCUUUCCGUCGUCAGAGGCGUCGACGUCAACACUUCAUCCACAGCCAAGUCGGACGAACAUCUGUGAAUCCAAAGGGCUCUCGGAUUCAAUCCUCCUGACCAAUUCGGAUUCCCUGGUCACUGUUGUCAAAAAUCGAACGGUACCAAUUUCGGAUCGGAAGAGGAAGAGCAAAAGCAAAUGUUCGCAGCAUGUAAAGAUGGCUUAUGUUCAAGGUCUUUUUGGACUGGGUAAACUUCAUGAUUUUGAGCAAGAAGACCAGGAGGAAGAUACGGAGUACGAUCCUUUAAACGAGGUUGUGAGAAAAAGUAAGUGAAUUAUUUUCUUUCCUUUUUAUCUUAUUUUAGAUGUUACUCUAUUGAAAAUUGAUAAUUUCAGUGGACAGGCCACCUACGUCAGACAAUAAACCACGUCGUGAGAUGACCUACGACCUCAGUGGGCUGAACGAAGUGGAUUCCGGCCUAUCCGAGACCUCCAAUGCCAACUCUUCGCCUGAUUGCGCAUCAGACAACUCUAAUGGUAAGAUAAUUUAAAAUUUUCGUUGAUUCGGUCUUUAGAUGAACUCCCAGUGUCUAAAAAGCUGCAUAAUGCCACAGUAGAGCCGGACGAAAUCUGCUCAACAUCAAUGUCACUUCUGCCCAAGAUUUUGCACAGCAUUCAGAAGCAAAGUAAAGUGAUAGGAGACAUAAAAAGAGAUCACGAUGGCUUGAAGAAGACUCUCAGUAAUGUCUGCGAAUUCAUGGGAGAGCUCGAGCAUACCAAUCUGCUUCAAAUCAAUACGGGUAGCGGAAUCGGUCACGACGGUAAGUACGAUUUUUCGUCUGAUUUAUCUUGUACAUGAUGGUUUAGAAGAUUUUUUUGAAAUUUUUAUUUUUUUCGAUUUUUUUGGAUUAGUUAUGUUGUUUUCAGUAGCAACACUAGAAAUCAGCAAGGCUAGGCUGGAAUUGAUGUACAUGAGCACCUGCACGAAUCCGCUGGGCUUCUUUCAACUCCUUUGUCGGCUAGCGUUUGGCCGAGAGCAGGAGAAUCCGUGGUCGUUGCAAGAAGAUGCGCAAAAAACAGCGGUUCAGAACAUUCUCAACCAUUUCUUCCCAACGCCAUCUCCAAACGAACGACUUCAGAGAUUCGUUCAGAAGGUCUUCAACGAGUAA